AGAGCAGCAAGUGCCUUAAAACAGCAUGGCUCCCCAACAAUCUCUGUUAAACAAGCCUACAAAAUCCCAUUUCAAAACUAUCUUCUUAGUCGUCUCCAUAGCUGCUGUCAUAAGCUCAUCAGCCCUUAUUGCUUCUUACUUCAUCAAUCCCACCUCUUUCUUCAACCUCUCCUCACCAAACCAUCUCUGUGAUCAUGCUCUUGAUACUGCAUCCUGCUUGGCACAUGUCUCUGAAGUAGCUCAAGGUCCUUUCUUGAGCACCCCCACAAAAGACCACAAAUACAAUUUGCUGCACUCCUUCCUAAUGAAGUCCAAUUCACACAUUCAGAAUGCUAUGGACACAGCCAAAGCUAUUAAACAAAGGAUCAACAAUCCGAGGGAGGAAGCAGCCUUGCGGGACUGCGAGGAACUGAUGGAGUUGUCGAUGGACAGAGUUUGGGACUCAAUGGUGGCUCUCACUAAAGACACCACUGAUUCUCAGCAAGAUGCACACACGUGGCUAAGCAGCGUCCUCACUAACCAUGCAACUUGCUUGGAUGGAUUAGAGGGCACCGCUAAGGCCCUUAUGGAGGCUGAGCUAAAGGACUUGAUCUCGAGAGCAAGAACCUCUCUGGCCAUGCUUGUUGCUGUUUUGCCAAAGGACCAAAAACUCAUUGAAGAGCCACUAAAUGGGGACUUUCCUUCAUGGGUGACAAGCAAAGAUAGGAAGCUUUUGCAGUCUUGGGGUGGGGAUAUUCAGGCCAAUGUUGUGGUGGCUGCAGAUGGGAGUGGCAAGUUCAAGACUGUGGCAGAGGCCGUGGCAUCCGUACCCGACAAGCAUAAGACGAGGUACGUCAUUUACGUGAAAAAGGGAACGUACAAAGAGAACGUUGAAAUUGGUAGCAAAAAGUGGAACGUGAUGCUGGUGGGCGACGGUAUGGAUUCAACUAUUAUCACCGGCAGCUUGAAUCACGUCGACGGAACAGGCACCUUCCAAACUGCCACUGUUGCGGCGGUGGGCGAUGGAUUCAUAGCCCAAGAUAUUAGGUUCCAAAACACAGCAGGGCCACAGAAGCACCAGGCAGUGGCUCUCCGGGUGGGGGCGGACCGGUCCGUCAUAAACCGGUGUCGCAUAGACGCCUAUCAAGACACUCUUUAUGCCCACUCGAACAGGCAAUUCUACCGUGAUUCCUUCAUCACCGGCACCAUUGACUUCAUCUUUGGAAACGCAGCUGUUGUGUUACAAAAGUGCAAGCUGGUGGCCCGAAAGCCCAUGGCUAACCAGAAGAACAUGGUGACGGCCCAAGGAAGAGAUGAUCCAAACCAGAACACAGGAACUUCAAUUCAGCAAUGUGAUGUAAUUCCAAGCACCGAUCUUAAGCCUGUGAUGGACUCCAUUCCAACUUUCCUGGGCCGCCCGUGGAAGAAUUUCUCCAGAACCGUUGUGAUGCAAUCGUUGCUGAGCAACCAUAUUGACCCAGCUGGAUGGGCCGAAUGGGAUGACAAGAGUAAGGACUUUUUGUACAAGUUGUAUUACGGAGAGUAUAUGAAUAAGGGGCCAGGUGCUGGUACCGCCAAGAGGGUGAAUUGGCCUGGUUACCAUAUCAUCACAAGUGAAGCCGAAGCCUCCAAGUUCACCGUAAAACAGUUCAUCCAAGGUGAUGUAUGGUUGAAGAACACUGGGGUCAACUACAUUGAGGGCCUCUAGCAGUGGGUUUUAUAGAGCAGGCCUGUGCUUGUUUAAUAUUAUAAAUAAAAGCCCUGUGCUGUUUUGCAAAAUGAAGUUUGGAAAAUCGCUAUUAUGAGAAAUUCCAAUAGCCUCUUAGUUCCCACGUACUGCAUCUAAUAUGAAAAAUAUAUUUGUUCAACUUAACCCAACUUCGUCUUUGUUUCUCUUAAUGGAGAUAUGAAUAUACAGCCGGGGUUAUGC